CCCCGUUCCAGAGCCCAUGGGCCAAAGCGGGUCAGCCCUAAACAAAAAAACGGGCGUUAGGGUUGUGAUGUCGAUCGACCCCAAUCGACCCUGGGGUCGAUCCAACGCCAGCGCCGACGCUCUCCUUCCCUUCCAACUCGCGACAGCGCCGCCGCACCUUCCCUCGCGACAGCGCCGCCCCUCCUCCGUGCUUUGCUUCUCCUGCCCGGCACGACUCCGACGCCGCCAAGAAGGAGGCUCCCAAGGCCAGCCAAGCCCGCAGCCGCCAAGACCGUCGCGGCCAAGACAGGCCAAGGCUGCCGCGAAGCCGAAGAAGAGCGCCGCCACAGCCAAGCCGAAGAAGACCGCGGCCGCCGCCGCCGGGACCAAGCGCAAGGCGUCGGAGAAGAAGGUCGUGGCGAAACCGAAGAAGUCCCCCGUGGCGAAGCCCCCUGCUUGGUCUCGGAUCUCAAGAGCUGCCUCCGUGAUGGUGAUCCAUGUUACUACAAAUGGUAGCUACUUCUAUGAAUUGCUUGGGGCACCGUGGAAUGUUCUUUCUUGCUGAUGCAGUUUCUGACUUCUAUAUUCCAUGGGAUAGUAUGGUAGGUUCUAUCUUCAGAAAAUGUAUUCAUGUGUUUAUCAUAUUCAAGAAAACCAAUUAUGGUUGCCCUGGACGGGGUGAAACUUGUGGCAUUAUGCAUAUAGGGCUUCAGAGGAAAACUAAAACACAUCCAUAUGAAUAUACAUGUUAAUUUAUUGCUAAUUGCUCCCAAAAAUGUUCCAACUAAUAAUGGUAAAGAGCUAGCAACAUUUGCUAGGAGGAAUCAGGAUAGGGCAACAUUGGUUUUCCUUUCAUAAUGGUCAUACUCCUUUUUUGGUGUACAAUCUGAAGUCUGAAUCACAAAGAUCAUAGAGCUGACACAGAAGGAGGGAAAAAUAAGUAGUACAUAGACUGCUAGCUGUGAGUAUAAAGUUUGGUAAAGUUUAACCUUUCAUCCCCGUGA